AUGGCUAAGGCCAUUCCAAUUGUCAUGCCUAAUACAAACCACCGACUUUGCACAUGGCAUUUGAUGCAAAACGCUGUGAAGCAUGUAAGUUGUCUUUUUGGAGAUGUGGGGGUGAAGGGUGUGUUUGCAAAAUUUAUGCAUGAAAUUGAUGAUGAAGAAGAAUUUAGAAUACGAUGGGACCAAAUGCUUGAUAGGUAUGAUGCACACAACAAUCAUUGGUUAAAACAAACAUUUGGUGUAAAGGACAAAUGGGGAUGGCCAUAUGUUAUGAAUUCUUGGGCAGCUGGAAUGAGUACUACUCAACUAAGUGAAUCAUUCAAUGCCUGUUUCAAGGAUUAUCUCAAUUGUGAUCAUAACUUGAUGGAAUUUUUCAUGCACUUUGAGAGGGUGCUCUAUGACAAGAGGUAUAAAGAAUUGGAAGCCGAAUAUAAUUUGUCCCAAAAAUUGCCAAGGGUUUCCAUUCCAACUUUGAUGUUAAAGCAAAUGGCAGAUAUUUACACCAAAACAAUUUUUGAGGAAUUCCAAAAUGAGUACGUGCAGUCCAUUGAAGCAUCCAUUGUAGGCACUCUUAAUGGUGGUGAGAGUACCAUAUUCACAAUUCGAACGGUGGUAGAUGGAAACAAAGAUAAGAAUGUGAUAAUGCAUAGAGAUGGUUUUUUGAGUUGUAGUUGCAAGAAGUUUGAAGUGAAGGGCAUAGUGUGUCGACAUUGUUUGAAGGUGCUUAGAGAAAUAUUGAAUGCAAAAGACCUUCCUGCACAAUACAUCUUGAAACGAUGGACUAAGAAAGCAAGGGCUGAAAGUGUGAAAGAUAGCCGUGGGUAUGAUGUCAAGGCUGAUGUCAAACUACAUCAAAGCGAUCGAUAUAGGUCAUUGAUGAAUAUGUUUAGAGCAAUAGCAAGUAGAGCCGUGGAAAGUGAAGAAACUUAUCAUUUGUCACUUGCAAAAGGUGAAGCAUUGAGCGUAAUGGUUGAAGAGAAAUUAAGUGUGCACAAUUGUGGUGAAGUGGAGGUCACUGAAUUGAGAAAUUCCGCAACUAACACAUGCCCACCGAGUGAGGAAGUAGAUUGUCCAAUCCAAGCUAAGGGACUGAAGAAAAGACAAGCAACUAGUAAGGGAAGAAGGAGGAUCAAGGGCGGGAUGGAAAAAUCUAUUGCGAAGAAGAAAAGAAUGCAAUCUAAGCAGGGUGAUGGUUUUUGUACUCUUGAAGGUCAAUCUGAGCCUCCUGUCGCCAUGGGUAAUAUUUGUAGUCAGGGUGCUUCUUUUCCUGCUUCUCAAGAUCAAUCUGAACUGUCUUCCGCCUUGGGUAGCCAUUCAAUACAGGGUGUUACAAUUUACACUCCGCAAGGUCAAUCUCGACCUCCUUUCGCCACGGGUAGUAAUUUUGUUCAGGGUGUUUAUACUCCACAAGGUCAAUCUCGACCUCUUUUUGGCAUAAGUAGUAAUUAUGUUGAGGGUGUUUCUACUCCACAAGGUCAAUCUCGACCUCUUUUUGGCAUGAGUAAUAAUUAUGUUGAGGGUCAUGGUCGUGCAUUUUAUAAUUCUCAAUCCCAAUCUAGACCUGAAUCCCAAUCUCAACCUCCCUUUGCCAUGGGUCGUACAUAUGAUGGAAAUAACGCGCCCCAGUCAAUGCCGCCUCAUUCAAUGCCUUUAGUAUAUCCCACUCAACCAUCGUUUCAGGAGUUGCUUUGA